AUGAGAGGUCGGCCCGUCAUCAGUAUCGAAGAUUACACCAUAUACUGCAGCGAUGCUGAUGAGAAGGAAGUAGGUGGCUGCGCUAUAGCUGUGAGGAACGAUUACAACAACCUGGUGGAGAAAUUUGGCUCAACGUCGUCUAGAUGCGCCUUCGUACGACUGCGCACUGGACGUAAACUCUGGAUAGUAAGUGCCCACGCAUCUAUGGAAACCGCUGAGGACUACAAUAAGGACCCCUUCUACGAUGACAUCAAUGCGUUGGUGUGUAAAAUACCCAGCCAGCAGCUGGUCACUGUCGGAAUAGACGCAAAUGCGAGGAUGGGACUCGAACAGCAAUCCAAUGUGCUAGGAAAAUGGUAUUAUCCAGCAGAGCGCAUGUCGGACAACUGUGACCAGGAAUCAUCGGCGCCAUCAGCUACCGUGGCAGGGUUCAACCCUUUUAACGCUUAA